UCUCUCUAACCUCGUGCAUGUUGUUGUCCCGCCAAUUUUGUUGCUAAGAAAAUCUGUAUAAUUUGGAUAAAAUGGUUGAAGAAGAUACUGAAAUUGAUUGUGUAUUGAGGCCGAUGAAUUGCGAGAUUAAUUUGCUGUCGAGGUCUGAUGGUUCGACAAUGUUUAUGCAAGGCGAUACCACUAUUGUCGCAGGUAUAAAUGGCCCCAUGGAAGUAAAGAGCCAAAAAAUGGCAUAUGACAAACUUUCCAUAGAAGUUACGUAUACACCUCUCACAGGCCCAGCCAAGGUAGAUGACAGAUUAAUUGAAACAUAUAUAAGAGAGAGUUGUGAAUCUGCAAUACUGGUUUCGUUGCAUCCUAAUACCAUGAUAUGCAUUAAUUUGCAAGAGGUGCAAGAUUCUGGUGGGUUAUUGGCUUGUGCUAUUAAUGCAUCAUGUCUGGCAUUAAUUAAUUCAGGACUAUCUAUGAAAUUCACCAUUGCAGCUGUAAGUUGCAUGAUAGAAAAAGAAACAGGAAAAAUAAUUAUGGAUCCUGAUAAUACACAAUUAAAGAAUGCAAAGGCAGAAUUUACAUAUGCAUUUGACAGUAUCAACAAAGACAUCGUAUGCUGCCAUAGUGUCGGUCGAUUCUCUCAAAGCGAGUUCUUAGCUUCUGUGGAUAAAUGUAAACAAGUUAGUCAAUUUAUAUUCGAUUUUUAUAGGGAAAUUACAAAAAAAUAUGCAAAUACAGUAUAAUACCAUCUUAUUCCCAUCAUAAACAUCCUUUUUUUUAU